AUGGCUGCCCCAUCCUCUUUGACGACUCUCGACCUAAGCGGCCAAUAUGUCAUGAACAAGUCGUUGAGUGACUCUACCGAUGAGAUCCUCAGACUGCAGGGCGUUAGCUGGUUCACACGCAAAGCGAUCGGAAUCGCUACGCUCACACUCUCCGUGAAACAUUACAAAGACGACGCCGGUGUCGAGCACAUCGACAUCGACCAAACCAUUACCGGAGGUAUCAAAGGCACCACGGAGAUCCGCGUCCUCAAUUGGGAAGCUAGAGAGCAUGAAGAUCAUAUAUUUGGGUUUGUCGUCGGUCGGUCGAGAAGAAUAAGGGUGGAAGACAUCGAACACGAGUUUUUGAGGGUCGGUUGGUUACCAGAUACCACGGAGCAUGGCGCCGUCAACUCGUAUGUAGAGAGCGAUACUCCCAAGAGCGGGACAUCGUGGACAGCUGAACAGAUCUGGGGGUUCGAGGAAGUCAACGGAGAGCGGCGGUAUGUCAGGCACAUCAGGUUCAUAGGCCCUGGAGGUGAAAACAUCCAAGCACGAUUGGUGUAUGAUUACAAUGGGCCUGCUUGA